AUGGCCUCCUACACCGCUUACAGCGGCUACAGCAGGCCGCCGCAGUCCUACGCCGCCUCGUACUACGACGAGAAACAGCCCAACACCACGGGGUACACGGCGCCCUACACGGCGCCCUACACGGCCCCUUACACGGCGCCGUACUCUGACUACACCGACUACAAGGACUCGGUAUAUGAAGAGAAGAAGAAAAUCGAAAAGAGGAAGCGCAAGUACGCCAUUUGCUGCGAGGUGGUGGCUCUGGUCAUCGGCUUCAUCGGUCUGAUCGGCGUGGCGGCCGUGACGGGCCUGCCCAUGUGGAGGGUGACGGCCUUCAUCGAGGAGAACAUCAUCGUGAUGGAGACGCGCUGGGAGGGCCUGUGGAUGAACUGCUACCGGCAAGCUAACAUCAGGAUGCAGUGUAAGGUCUACGACUCGCUGCUCUUCCUGCCGCCCGACCUGCAGGCGGCCCGCGGCCUCAUGUGCGCCUCCGUCGCCAUCACCUGCUUCGCCCUCAUCACCUCUGCCGUGGGCAUGAAGUGCACCAAAGUGGUGGACCACCGCAAACGCACCAAGCACAUCGUCCUGGUGGCCGGCGGCGCCCUCUUCCUGCUGGGUUGCGUCACCACGCUCAUCCCCGUUUCCUGGACGGGCCACAGGAUCAUCCAGGAGUUCUACAACCCGUUGCUGAUCGACGCUCAGCGGAGGGAGCUGGGCGAGGCGCUCUACAUCGGCUGGGUGACUUCGGCGUUGCUGUUCGCCGCCGGCUGCAUUCUGCUGUGCCGCCACGCCCCGAGAACCCAGGAGCAGGACGAUAGGGUCAUCUACAAUCCCGGCUCGUACGUCUACCAACCCGCAUCGGCGUACCAACCGCCCACCAACUACCAGCCCGGAUACAACUACCAGCCUGCCUACUCCGCACCUCCGACAGGGUCUGUAGCCUACACGCCGGUCCAGUACUAG